CAGUACUAAGAAGAGACACUACAAGUAAACUAAUUUGGCAGACUGGAUCUGUCAAGACAUUUGAAGAAAUUUGAUCUGCUGACACAAGGAUUUGCUUUUUCAAGGAAAGAGCCUCUGCACUGCUUCUACAAUCGCUGUUGAUCGGUGGUUUGCUCCACUUUUCCUGAUGCUACUAAUGGGGAAAUUGCAUUAAGGUAUUGCUUCUAAAACUAUUAUUUGCAGUGACAAAAAUAACUUCUGUAGACUUCACAGCAAGUGACAAUAUUAUGCUCAUGAAGAACUCGUAGGCGACUUCUCUGCUUCUGUGUGCGGAGUGGGAUCCCCAACAAGAGACAGAGCAUUACUGAGACACUUGGGCUUGCUUUUUGAGUUCAGUUUCUGACUGCAGCGGGGCUGCACCGAACACUGAAACCACGGAGUCAGCAAAUCUGCUGCCUUUCCCACUGCUGAUCCAGAUUAUACAGAGCUUGCCUUUCUGAAAUGCCUUUUGUGAGCCCUAUGUACACAGCCCCGCACCGUUACUGUACAUAGACACGGCGGAAGGAAUCUGACAAGUGAUUGUUCCUCCGAGAGCCCUCUGGACAAGCACUCCCUUAUGUAUUGCUGCAGUGCACAAGAAAGCAAAAUGGACUAUAAGCGGCGCUUUUUGCUUGGCGGGUCCAAGCAGAAGGUGCAGCAACACCAGCAGUACCAGCUGCCCGAGCUGGGCCGGGCCCUGAGCGCCCCGCUGGCCGCCGCCCCCGCGCCCGCCCUGCUGCCCCCGCCGCCGCCCCACGCCACCCCCAUCGCCGACAUCCAGCAGGGCAUCUCCAAGUACCUGGACGCGCUCAACGUCUUCUGCAGGACGAGCACCUUCCUCACCGACCUCUUCAGCGGCGUGUUCCGGAACUCGCACUACUCCAAGGCGGCUCUGCAGCUGAAAGACGUGCAGGAACAUGUCAUGGAAGCCGCCAGCCGCCUCACCGCAGCAAUAAAACCAGAGAUCGCAAAAAUGCUCAUGGAGCUCAGCGCGGGAGCCGCCAACUUCAAAGAUCAGAAGGAGUUCAGCCUGCAAGACAUCGAGGUCCUUGGGAGAUGUUUCCUGACGGUGAUGCAGGUCCACUUCCAGUUCCUGUCCCAAGCUUUGCAGAAGGUCCAGCCAGUGGCACAUUCCUGCUUUGCUGAAGCCGUAGCUCAGGAGAGGAAGAACGUCAGUGGGACUGGAGCCUCAAAUAUAAGCCCCACAAAUGAGCUGGAAGAUGCAAUAAGAUCCUGGAGAGGAGCAGCAGAGGCCACGUCUCGACUGCGAGAAAGAGGCUGUGAUGGAUGUUUGGCAGGAAUUGAAGUUCAGCAACUUUUCUGCUCACAGAGUGUGGCAAUCCCUGAACAUCAGCUCAAAGAGCUAAACAUGAAAAUUGACAGUGCUUUGCAGGCUUACAAAGUGGCUCUGGAGAGUUUGGGCCAUUGUGAAUAUGCAAUGAAGGCUGGCUUCCACUUGAACCCAAAAGCUAUUGAAGCAAGUCUUCAGGGCUGUUGCAGUGAAGCUGAAGCCCAGCAAACAGGAAGGAGACAGACUCCACCUCAGCCCAUUCAGUGUGAGCUGCCCACUGUCCCUGUGCAGAUUGGAUCCCAUUUCCUGAAAGGAAUCUCCUUUAAUGAGUCUGCAGCAGAAAACCUGAAGCUGAAAACGCACACGAUGCUGCAGCUGAUCAAGGAGGCCGGGUGCCACAACGGGCUGACCCCCCGCGACGACUCCCCCGUCACCGAGGUGCUGAACCAGGUGUGCCCUUCCACCUGGAGAGGAGCCUGCAAAACUGCUGUGCAGCUCUUGUUUGGCCAGGCUGGGCUGGUGGUUGUGGACACAGCACAGAUUGAAAAUAAAGAAGCCUAUGCUCCCCAGAUAAGUUUGGAAGGAUCGAGAAUUGUGGUGCAAGUUCCAUCAACUUGGUGCCUGAAAGAAGAUCCAGCAACAAUGUCUUUGCUACAGAGGAGUUUGGAUCCGGAGAAGACCCUGGGGCUGGUAGAUGUGCUCUACACUGCUGUGUUUGAUAUACACAGGUGGAAGGAAGGAAGGGAGCAAGCUUUGCCUUGCAUUCAGAUCCAGUUACAGCGUGAAAUCUCAGACUUUGGGAACCAGGUUGACUUGCCCUCGGGAAACGGAAGCAAAUCUUCAGGGGGUCUCCAAAAGACAUUCUCAAAACUGACCUCACGGUUUACAAAAAAAACUUCGUGCACCAGUACGAGCAGCACUGGCAGUUACUCCAUCCCCAACACGCCUUCCAAAAACGUGUUCAUAAGCUCCUGCUCUGAGGAGAAGGCGAAGGUGCCCCCGGCCGUGGACGCGCGGCUGCAGAGCAUCCUGAGCAUCGGGAGCUUCCCGCGGGCCGCGGAGCCGGGCACGGGCGGCCAGCUGGCCAACGGCUUCCUGGGGGACAGGAGGGACAGCUUCUUCAAGACAGAUGAUGGCAAGGAUGACAAAGGCAUGAAUUUACCAACUGACCAAGAAAUGCAGGACGUUAUCGAUUUCCUGUCUGGUUUCAACAUGGGCAAAUCCCAGCAGACCUCUCCGAUGGUGAAACGAAGGAACUCUGUUGCCUCCUCUGCAGCAGCGGAACAGAAGUCGGGGGCGGUCCAGCAGCAGCCCCAGUCUGUGUCUCACCCUCCCCUGCAUCCUUCUCAGCAAGGCUUGUCCCAGCAGCAGCAAUCCCAGAAGCAGCAAAUGCAGUAUUACCAACACUUGCUUCAACCUAUUGGACCACAGCAACGUGUACCUGCCAAAUGGCUCAGUAAUUCUUCACAGCAGCAAGCCCAGGCUGUUGGAACUGGAUUGUCUCAUAUAAACCAGUGGAACAAUCCUGGAUUUUCAGAUUUAAGCUCUGAUUUGUACAGCUUGGGUCUUGUGAGCAGCUAUAUGGACAAUAUGAUGUCAGAGAUGUUAGGACAGAAACCACAAGGACCUAGGAACAACACAUGGCCAAAUCGUGACCAAACUGAUGGAGUGUUUGGGAUGUUGGGAGAAAUCCUGCCUUUUGACCCUGCAGUUGGCUCUGACCCCGAGUUCGCCCGCUACGUCGCCGGGGUGAACCAGGCCAUGCAGCAGAAGCGGCAGGCGCAGCAGCUCCGCCGGCCCAGCACCAGCACCGCGCGCGGCAACUGGGCCCUGCCCGACGAGCCCCACAAAACAUGGCCCUUCCCCGAGUACUUCGCAGAGGGUGAUGUGACAAAUAGCUGGUCUGGAACUCAAGGAGACUCUGCCAGCUCAAGUGAUGAGACCUCCUCAGCCAACGGAGACAGCCUGUUCUCCAUGUUCUCAGGGCCAGACCUUGUUGCUGCUGUGAAGCAGAGGAGAAAGCACAGCAGUGGUGAGCAGGAGCCCAGCACGCUGCCAUCGCCUCCCCUCCUGUCUGCAGCUGACGACCGCAGCCAGGACAGCAAGACCAAAACGUGGCCCCCGAAGGCGCCGUGGCAGCACUCGGUGACGGGCACCCUGCCCGGGCAGAGCUCGUCCCUGUACCCCCUGGGCAGCCCCGUGAGCCAGUGGAGCGACACGAUGCAGCUCCUGCCAUCGCCCCUGUGGGCCAACGACUGCGCCCCGGCCGCCGGCAUCUCCUCCGGCUUCGCCUUCGCGCAGCAGCAGCAGCAGCAGCAAUCCCAACAGGCUUCCCAGCACAAACAGAUCAACAAGGGCUUCAAAUCCUUCCCGGUGAAGCACGAGCGCAGACCAUCGUACCUGCCCCAGUACUGACUGCUCUCCUGCAGAGCAGCACAGGGCCAGAGGGACGGCGCAGCUUCCGUGCCCGGGGUGUUGGCUGUGUCCUGGUGAUCUCAUUGGCAGGAGUUGGAGGGGUUUGGGGGAGACAGACAAACUCUCCAGUUGUGACUGACAGUGCUGAGCAAAUGUGGCCAAUAUGUUUGUUGGUGGACAUGAAACAGCCCAAAACUGUGAUGUAGAAAUGCUUUUAAAAAUGUGUAUAUUGCCUUUACUUUCAAAACAUUUUUUUUUCUAAAAAGAACUGCUGAAGGACUACCAUACAAGAAACACUGUAUUUUAUAGCUAUUUUUCAUAUAGAUUUAUAGUUAAACAUCUUACUGAAACACAUUGAAUAUGUUGGAGCAAAUAUAUAGUGGUCACUUUGCUCAACACUGUUUGUGUUUAAAUUUAUAAAGGACAAGCUGUAGAGCCUUUGUAUUCUCAUUAUGGCCCGGGGGCAGCUUUUUUUAAAUGAAGUGCAGCCGCAGCUCUUGCUGUGCCACACAGAUGAGUUCACUGGGGAGCUGCUGCAGGCCCAGCUGCAGACAGUGCUGUGGCAGGUCCCUCACCCCAGCUCAGCAGAGCCGC